AUGCCCUCUGUGUUCUCUUCCAAGACCUGGAACAUGCUCAGAUCUGGAAAUACUGGUGUUAACUCUGAACUUGGUCAUUUUUGGCCAUAUCAACAAACUCCCUGUUCUCUGGCUAUUCUGAGCCCAGAGGAAAACACAUCAUUGGCUUUCUGCCAGUUAAAUCCUAUGGAUUUCUAUGCCAUCUCUUCCUUAAACUAUGAUCUUUUACACUGGGAUCAAGGGAGUUUUGGCAACUACCUUGAUCCCAGUGAGGUUGAUUACAACCCUAGCCCUUGGGCACCCUCUAUAGUGAUUGAUCUCAAUCCAAGCCCUUUGGCAGCCAACCAUUUGGUUGGGCCUCUUCCAUUCAACAUGGUUGAGAGAAAAAUACAUAAAUUAUAUACUCAUCCAUUUGUGGUUGAGAGGCAAGGCCUUUUGGCACUCUAUACUCAUCCAUUUAUGGUUGAGAGGCACAAUAAAUAUGCUCUUCCAUUUAUGGUUGAGAGAAAAAGGCAAAAUACAUAUGCUCUUCCAUUUAUGGUUGAGGGAACAGAUAUAGCUUACCCAAAUAUGAGAUAUGAUGAUAUAUAUAAGUACAAAUCAGAGGUAAUGCCCUUAUACUGGAUUGCACAAAGCUCAUGGUCAGAAACUUUGAUUUUGAAAAAUGAUGGCUUUUCUACUUGUGUUGAACUUAGCCCUGAGCUAUGUAAAAGUGACUACACAUUUUCUGAAUAUUUAGAUUUAAAACUUCAUAAGUUGUGGUUGCAUCUAAGAUCUUCCCCACUCUUGGAAUUAUAUAGAUUUGGUUGCAGUAAAAUGCCAGGAACUUGA